AUUCCGCAUGAUUUAUCGUAUUUAUCAUAACUGUUUGCUAACAAAAUUAAAACUUUUAGCUAUUAGUAUUUAAGAUGGGGGGGUUUGUUUCUGGUGUUGCCUCAGUUUUCAAACGGAGGGAUCCGCGUACACCUGUCAAAGGAGCUUUACCAAGGUUAAAGAAUAUCUUUACAGUACAUUACAGAGGAGUCUUAGGUGUUUUAGUGCCACUCUUAAUUUUGACUUGGCAACCCAAAAAAGGGCAGCACGAUAUCACCGUAGCAUGUCUUUGGUUUUGGAUGGCAUGGUUCCUUUUACUGCAACCAGUAAAUAUUCCUGUGGUUGGAUUUAUUCCAUUGUUCUUGCUACCUAUGACGGGAGUCAUACCUACCGUGGAUCUAUGUAAAUGUUACUUUGACGAUAACAUAGCUCUUUUCAUAUUAGCUGGUAUGGUUCAUCUGUUACUGAACAGUUGCGGCGCCGAUCGGCGAAUUAUAUUGUGGCUGUUAUGUUCGGGAGAUAGCUGUCAGUUCUCUGGUAAAAGAAUUAUAUUUAAGGCCAGUGCUGCGGCGUUUUUCCUCUCAAUGAUUAGUAACAGACUGAUUGUGACUUCUACUAUCACUCAGUUUUUAGCACCAGCUUAUAUGAACUUACAGUCCUCUACAUCUAGCUACCGAACCAACGAGCCAGAUUACGAUGUGAUGCGUCAUAUUGUUCUAUGUGCUGUACAAACUGCUUCUUCCAUAGGUAGUGUAGCAGUUUUACACGCAUCGUUUUCUACAUUAGCGAUGCGCGCUAUUUGGUGCAGAAAUCCACCUGCUGGCGAGGAGUAUCCAGAUAUAUUUAACUAUUUGCAGUAUACUUGUUUUGCGUUUCCGGUAGCUUUCCUGAUGUUUAUAUUAAAUUUUGCCUACCACAUGCUUCUUAUAAAUGGUUUAGUAGGUAAACCAAUGAGUGGAAGUAGCAUGGCCUAUAUGAGGAAUAUGCUGUUGGAACAAGACAAAUUACUAAAACCGUUUUUAACGGAUUAUCAAAAGUGUUGCAUCUUCUUUUAUUUCGCUUAUCUGGCUGCAUGCAUGUUUCGAUGGUCCGAUUGGCUGAAUAUGGGAUGGUCUGGAUUUGAAAAGGUCGUUCCGGAAAUACCUAUGAUUAAAGAUGCUACAGUUGCCGCUUUAUUUGUCAUUGUAUUGCAUAUCUUGCCGAAAUCGUUUCUGUUUACCAAUUAUGUGACAGCUAGAGUGAAAUCGCAUAUUGGAGAUGUCUUGAAACCGGAUUCUCCAGUUAUGUGGUGGCGAUACGUAGAUAAAAAUACAAAUUAUGGCUACAUAAUAUUAAUGGGAGGUGCCAUAGCAUUGAAUCUUGGGAUUCGAGUCAGUAAACUAAACGAAUCAAUACCCAAUUAUGGAAAACAUAUAACUGAUUUGGGUUGGAAUGCCUCCUUGUUGGUAAUCUGUAUUAUUGCGGCUAUACUGCCAAAUAUAAUGUCCAGCGUAGCCGCCUGCGCUGCGUUCUUGCCUUUCGUAUUGCACAUGGCCGCACCGAGUACGACGUUGAGGCAAGGUGACGAAACUCCAGCUCCUGAUGCCCCGGCGGCCCCGUCGGCCCCGGCGGCCCCGGCGCCAGCGAAUCCAACACCUUGGAGUUCGAACUUUUAUUUAGGGGCACUUAUAGUUGGCAUUGGAAGUUCGUUUGGAUUUGCCGCGCCCUUUCUGUACACGCCAGCCUAUUUUUGUCACUACACAGGAAAAGUGCCUAUUAAACAAAUGAUAAAGUAUGCAAUUGGUAGUUUGAUAAUCUGCAUCAUUGUAUUGUGGCCCGCAAUAUGUUUCUACGCACCGAUAAUUUGGGUUGAUCAAAGUGUUGGCAUAAAAAGCUACUCUCUCGCACCACCUGCUGGAGGUGACGCGCCGGCACCAAGCCCUGGUACUCCGUGAGAAGGCUUAAUAGGAAGGUUUUUUUAUGAUAUCAUCUUUGAAAGAAAUUGCUUGCUUUUGACGAUUUUGUUGUUGUAAUACUUACACACGUAUUUAAUACGUACCUAUGUAUUAUUUAGAGUUUUAAUGUUUUUUUGUUAUUUCAUAAUCUUUGUCAGCCUAUUUGUGUCACAAUACUAUCUAAGCUUCCACAAGCUCUCAAAGGAGUUAGGAAAUAGCCUCUAAGCUUUUGCAAUUUGUAAAUAAAAUUGAUAAAUAGAAAAAUAUCUUAUUAAGUUCAGCUCGCAAUCAAUAUCAGUUUAAAUAUUAUUACACACAAUACGCUUCGCAAUAUGCCUCUUUAAAUAACUAUAUUAUUAUUUAAAUAUUAUAAACGGUGUCCAUCUUUUAUGCAAAAUCUACUGCUAUAUCUAUUUGAGUUUCAAAUCAUAUCACGACAGUUUUAUUGUUUAUAGGAUGCCUGUUAUAUCUUCUUUAAGAUGAAAUCAUUUAAAACCACUAAGAUACAUUUAUCAUCAUAUCAAUCAAUUACCGGCCGACUACGGGACACGGGCCUGGCCCACAGUGAUAACACAUGAUAGGUAGCAAUAACAAAUAUUCUGUGCUAGUUUGAAGUCCUCUUCAGAUGAUAUUUAUUUUUGUUUAAUAUGGAAUACUUAUUGUUUUAUUUCUCUUGCUAAUUUCGUGAAGGUCGGUAAAGUAAAACCCUUUGAUUAAUUAGGUAGAAAGUAUUAGAAAGUUAUAUGACUUAUUAAAUCUACGCACACGUAGAUAUACAAUCAUAUUAUACAAGGGCUAAUACGAGAGUAUGAUUGGUUAUAAAAAAAAAUACCAAAGAAUACAUUUUAUUUUUAUUUACAAUAAAUUGCAGCUAUUCUACAUACAAUUUUUAGGUAUAUUUUUAACUCAUUGUCUCAGUGUGCAUGCAGGCAUUUAAACAAUAAGAAAAAACACUUGGGGUGAAAAAUCGGAAUGACAAUUUGAAUGGAAUUCAAUUUAACCCGGAGCGGUAUGAAAAAAGCUGUGAUCGGCGCAGUGGGAAGUUGCGUACUUGGAAUAAUUUAGUAUACAAGGCUGACUGUUUUGUGUUGGAAAAUAAAUAAGGCGUUUGGCAUUGUUUUACUUUUAAAUACUUGUCCGUGUUUAAAUUAUAGAUAAAAUUAUCACUUGGGCUACGAACGGACGAUGAAAGCAUAUGGCAAAAACAUUAGUAGGUAUAUAAUCUCUAUUACAACGCAUAUUAUUAAUCAAAGGUCUGAAUAAUUUUACUUUCUUACCUGCUAGAACACUUAUUUUGAAAUACAAAGUGAAGUGCACGAUGUAUUUUGUAUUUGCAGUGUAGUUAACUAAGCUAGCAUCUCUAAUUAGUUAUUUUCCGCUGUAAGAUGCUUAAUCUCUUUAUAUAAUUAUAAUGAAUUAC